GCCUCUCACUUGCAGCCUGCCAUGAGGAUUCAGAUUUACGGUCAGACAGGAGCAGAGUAACAACCACCAUGCACCCCAUUUCCUAGAAAAUCUGCUGCAGAAACAUACGGAAGUACGAGAGAAAAGCAGAACGAGAUGACUGUUCACCGACUUGAGCAAAGACACGUGAUUCUUCUCUAAAAAGGGAUUCACAUUUCGACUGCUGAAGACAACUGAAAACUCUACUCAAACAAGGAUUAUUGGACGUGGAGGGAGGCUUUCGCGUGGGGAAAAGUGAUGUAAAGAAUUGUACAUACGAUUACAGGUAUUUUGUGGAGUUGCUGUGAAAUUUUCUUCUCAGUAUUUCCUAACACGAACACACUGGGCUUUUUUCCUCUCACCAAAUUAAAUUGACAUUGUUUUCCUGCCUGUUGCUCAUGGACGGAUUAACAAGUUGAACUUGGAUUUUUCUUUUUUUUUGACACAAGCACUCAACUGACAAGAAAAAUUUCACUCUGUAAUUGUUCCAGACUUACCAGCUAAAGAUGUAUUAUAGCACCCCAGAAAUUCAGAACAUCAGUACACUGGGUGUCACUCACAGUAACGUGAAUUGCAAUAAGAGCGAUGACUUCAAGUACCCUAUGUACAGCUCUGUUUUCAGCGUGGUGUUUGUGGUCGGACUUUUCUUCAACAUGGUUGCUGUAUACAUUUUUGGGUGUACACUGAAGCUGCGAAAUGAGACCACGACAUAUAUGAUCAACCUCGUUGUUUCAGACUCUCUCUUCGUUCUCAGUUUGCCUUUUCGGAUCGUUUACUUCAUUAAACGUGAAUGGCUAUUUGGAAGUGUGCUCUGCAAGAUCUCGGUGGCCCUUUUCUACACAAACAUGUAUGGCAGCAUCCUCUUUCUCACGUGCAUCAGUGUCGACCGCUUUCUGGCCAUUGUGCACCCGUUCCGGUCCCAGACUAUUCGUACUAAAAGGAAUGCCAAACUGGCCUGCUGUACGGUGUGGGUGAUGAUUCUUUCUGGAAGUAUACCCACAGGCUUUCUUUUGGACACCACUUCACCCAUAAAUGCCAACUCCUCCUCUAAUUUCUGCUUUGAAAACUACUCCAAAAAACAGUGGAAGGCUGAGCUGUCGAAGGUAGUGGUGUUUAUUGAGACUGUGGGCUUCAUCAUCCCAUUGCUGGUCAAUGUGUUCUGCUCGCUCAUGGUGCUACGGACACUGAGAAAACCGCAAGCCAUUAGCCGUGGGGGGAACCUAAACAAGGCAAAAAUCCUGAGAAUGAUCCUUGUGCAUCUGCUCAUCUUCUGCUUCUGUUUCAUUCCCUACAAUGUCAAUCUCAUCUUCUACGCCCUGGUGCGCUCCAAUGUCCUGAAGGGAUGUUAUGUAGAAUAUGUGGUCAGAACCAUCUACCCUAUUGCUCUGUGCAUAGCAGUGACCAACUGCUGCUUUGAUCCAGUCAUUUACUACUUCACUUCAGAAACCAUUCAGAGCUCCAUCCGACGCAAGUCCACAGUAUGGUACAACAGUGCCAAGCUAUUCGAAAGACUUCAGGUGGACAGCACACAAAGUAGCCCAAUUUCAACACCAAAAAGCCUGACCCUGAGGACUCUGAGGUCAAAAAUGUCUGCCAGUGAGUCAACAGUCUGAUGAAAACUCUUUUGUGAGACUUGAUUAACAAUUCAGAUGAAACUAGGUUUGAGUCGGAAGACGUAGGUGGAAACAGGCUGUUAAGAUCAUAACAACACAUACGUAAACAACUGUUUCUAAGGAGUCACUCUCUCAAUGCCUACUGGACACCAAAGGGAAUUUCGUCUGGGACUCAGGACACUGAUCACUCCAAGAGGAAGUCAAACAUCUGACAAGAAGAAAAGUGUGUUGCGGCAUGAACACCUUUGAUCGGUGUGCCAAUUCAUGAUGCAGUAUGAAAAAAGAAUGAAAACUAUUUUAUUGAAUCAGUUAAGAUUUUAAAGCGUGCAUUAGGAAAUGGCAGGCGUGUAAGCAUCGCACUGUGCAUGGGGCUGCAAAAAACCAUCAGCUUUGGCACAUAAGACAUUGUAUUUGUUGUUCUUUUCCUCAGAGCAGAUUUGAAUUUUGGAAAAUUCUUCUUUAGAGAUGCUGAACCAGUAUUACAACUUUUUUUAUAUGUACUGCGCUGGGCAGUUUUUAAAUAUUUGUGGCCUCAACAAGGCUUUUAAGCACUUUAAAUAGCAGUGUGUUCAGUAACAGCAUUUACCCCUUAUACUGAAUGAAAAUAAACAGUUAUUAAUUUAAUUAUUUUGAGUUUUAGGUUCACUACUUGUUUGGUGGCAUGGAGCAUUGUGAAAUGUCUGACAUCAGAAUGUAUCAGUUGCCUGUACGUCUCUUUGGGUGCUUCCUAUUGCUCAUUUACCUGUAUAGAUUAGUCAUACCUGUACGAGCAACACAGCCACACAUAGUGUGGUUGGCCAAUUGCAUGAACACACAAUGACUCAAUAAAUUUCAAACACAGAUUA